AUGCUGCCCUCCUGGGUUCCGGGCAUUGCCGCUGGGAUUGCCUCCUUGCACCUCAUCCAGAAACUCCUCUUUCCCUACUUCUGGGCUGACCUGAGAUACUUGCUGAAAGUACUGAUGUAUGGGCUGAAAGUGGAGAUUUACAGGCUGCGAGGGAAGAUUGUCACCGUCCUGGACAAGUUUGUGAAGCUGGCUGAGGAGCAUCCCCACAAGCCGUUCCUCAUCUAUGAAGGGAAGGUGCACACCUACCGGGAUGUGGACAGGCGGAGUAACAGGGUAGCGCAGGUCUUCCUUCACCAUGGUGCUCUGAAAAAGGGUGACACAGUGGCCUUGCUGAUGGGCAACGAGCCCGACUUCAUCCAUGUGUGGUUUGGACUGGCCAAGCUGGGCUGCGUGGUGGCUUUCCUCAACUUCAAUGUCCGCUCCAGAUCUCUCCUGCACUGUCUCAGUAGCUGUGAGCCCAAGAUACUGAUUGUGGGAGCAGAUUUGCUUGGGACAUUAGAAGAAAUUCUUCCUAAUCUGCAAAAGGACAUUAGUGUUUGGAUAAUGACCAAAGACUCCACUUUUCCAAGUGUGUAUACACUUUUAGACAAAAUGGAGGCUGUUUCUGAAGACCCUGUUCCGGUUAAUCGACGUUCUGCCAAUAACCUCAAGUCAUCUGUUUUAUACAUAUUUACUUCAGGAACAACAGGUCUUCCAAAGGCCGCAGUCAUCAGUCACAUGCAGGUUCUUAAAGGAGCUGCUGGACUGUGGGCUUUUGGUGCUACUGCAGAAGACAUCAUUUAUAUCACCCUGCCUCUUUAUCACAGUGCAGCGUCUCUCCUUGGCAUCGGUGGAUGCAUCGAAUUAGGGGCAACCUGUGUCUUAAGAAAGAAGUUCUCAGCUAGUCAGUUCUGGAAUGACUGCAAAAAGUACAAUGUCACUGUCAUCCAGUACAUUGGAGAACUUUGCCAUUACCUUUGCAGCCAACCAGUGAAGGAUGGAGAAAAAAAUCAUAAAGUUCGACUGGCAGUUGGAAAUGGAGUAAGAAAUGAUGUGUGGAGAGAAUUUUUAGACAGAUUUGGUUCCGUUAAGAUCUGUGAGUUUUAUGGUGCUACUGAAGGAAACAUUUGUUUUAUGAACCACACAGGAAAAAUUGGAUCUGUUGGACGCACCAAUUUCUUUUAUAAGCUUUUUUUUCCAUUUGAUUUAAUCAAGUAUGAUUUCCAAAAAGAUGAACCAGUUAGAAAUAAGCAUGGUUGGUGUGAAAAAGUUAAGAAAGGUGAGGCUGGUCUUCUCAUUUCCAAAGUGAAUGCGAAGAACCCCUUCUUUGGUUAUGCUGGCAAUAAGAGGCACACAGAAAAGAAAUUACUCAGUGAAGUAUUUAAGAAGGGAGAUCUUUAUUUUAAUACUGGAGAUCUAAUGGUUCAAGACCAUGAGAACUUCCUGUAUUUUUGGGACAGGAUUGGAGAUACCUUCAGAUGGAAAGGGGAGAAUGUUGCAACAACAGAAGUUUCUGAUGUCAUUGUAAUGUUGGAUUUCAUACAAGAAGCAAAUGUGUAUGGUGUAUCUGUGCCAGAUCAUGAAGGAAAAGCAGGAAUGGCCUCUCUCAUUUUAAAGCAGAAUAAAUCAUUGGACUUAGAGCAAAUGUAUAAGCAAGUGGUGACCUAUCUACCAAGUUAUGCCUGUCCUCUUUUUUUAAGAGUUCGGGAAACAAUGGAAAUGACCGGAACUUUCAAACAACAAAAAUUUCGAUUAGUGGAUGAAGGUUUUAAUCCAUCCACAGUUACUGAUCCUCUUUAUUUUUUAGAUAAUUCUAAGCAAGCGUACGUCUUGUUAACCAAAGAACUACAUGAGAGGAUCUUAUCUGGGCAAAUGAAACUUUAAUUAACUAUAUAGGCUUAUAGGCUAUUAGGAGACAGUCUGUGUCUCUACAUGAACUACUGUGUUAGAAGCAGUGAAAAUAAUUACCAAUAUUUAUAUGUUAUUAACCAGAAUAGUAUUUUAUAUUCUUGAUAUUUACUUUCAGAUAUGUCUUGUAUCUUUCCUCACUUGAUAAUUGUUCAUUAAUCAUUUCUACCUCUUGAGAUCAAUUACAAGUAAAUGACCUGUAAAACAACAUUGAAAUCUAUUUUAUCUUAAUUUUGGAGUAUAGAUGCAGAGUGUGAUAGUUUUUCUUAGUACUAUAUUAACAUGAAUGAUAUGGGGAAUGCUAAAUAGUAAAAAAAGAUCCAACAUAUAAAAAUGUAGUGACAGAAGCUGUUAUUAGUUCUAGAUAGACAAAAUAAGCCAGUAACAUAUUUUUAAUGUAAUUUACAUUUCAUAUGUACUUACCAAUAUAUGUUUUAGGAAAUAAGACUUGAAAGGGGUUGGAAGAAACCUCUUAUGUGGAGGACUUUUCUGAUGGAACAUAAGAUGAAAGAGAAUGAAACAGAAGAAAACACUCCAAACAAACACAAAACUAGAAAGUUAAUACUAACAUUACUGCUAGAACUUUUUGUCAUGAUGCAUGCUCUUUCAUUUGUUAAACUGGCUCUUUGAAGUAUUAAGUUAUGGAGACAGACCAAACUUUUGUGUAAUGUUUAGCAGCAUAUCAACAGUAGGAAGAAAAUCACUCAUAUAGCACAAAAAGAAUUCUUAAAGGGCUUUAUGUCAUACAUACUGACUAAUAAAUAGCCUCCUUACUCUUACUAAUGGCUGCCAGAAAAUUGUUAUUUUAUGGGUAUAAAAAUAGCAGAAAUUUAAAAAUUCCUAAUCAUAUAUUCUGAUGCACUGCUUUGCAAAAGUUUUAAAAUAAAAUAUAAGAUUAUUUAAACAAAUUUUGUGCUGUCUCAGUUAAAGUCUGAUUGCUUAAAGACUUUUAAUAGCCUGUUUCAAUACAUUACUUACACAGUACAAAUAAUGGGACAAUGUCCUCCUCUAAUGGAUUGUUUUGCCAGCUUCGAUCAGUGGCCUUAAUGGCCAGAAGUAUACCAGUACCAUGGAACACUGCAAGGGUGAUUCUGUUCUGUUUUUCUUUGUUUCUUUCUACUUUGUUCAUCAAACGAUGCAUUAGAAAUUGUGUCUACUUCUGUUUCUUUGAUUAUCACUUUCAUUGAUUUUCCUUAAAAUCCCAAACCAAGGUGUAUGAGCCAUUUUAUAAGAUACUGCAAGGAGUUAGGUGAUUGGCUAAGGACUGUUCUUGCUUAUUGCUAUCUCAUGCGUAUUUCAAGUAGCCAGCUGUAACUUGCUUGGCUGAAGGUCAAGCCCACACAAUGCUCUUGAUUCUAUAUUCUAUAUAGGAGCUCACCCCUCAUGUUUCAAACUUUCUCAGACAUGGAACCUGAUCAUGUGGGGUGGCUGCCAUAAGGGUGACCACAUUGGAUCAUCCACUGUGACCAGAACCCAAUACACUAAUGAGCAUAAACCGGUAUUAGAAAAGUGCUGCCCACUUAAAUAGGAGCAAGCCUCGCCCAUGGGUUGAUGUUCCUCAGCACCUGGUGGUCUCCUUGUCCUGGCAGGGCUCCUAUAGCUACUGCAGCGUUUGGUACUGUCUGUGUUGGAGAAUUAAUAAAGUGAAUUGCAUCUAUUGUCUACUGUGUGGAUUCUUGCCAACUGUGAACCCCAGACCUUUGAUUCUGCACACAAGAAUGCAAUAAAAAUUAUAUGAAGACUCUUAACGUGCUUGUUUCUGAGUGCUAUAUUCUUCAUGGGACUGCUAGUACAAAUAAGCAAGUUUGUAGUUUUGCAGUUUACAAGGAAGCGAAACCAAACAAUACUUCACCAACAUCAUGCUUCAUGUUAGAUGUUAUUAUAAAAGGUUAAGCACAUAAAGGGGAAAGGAGACAACUGCUAGGUAAGAGUGGAAGGGGUUGCUAUGGUCUAGCACUUCCUGAGCAGUCCCACUUUUUAUAUCUGCUUCUUUUUGUAGUUCCCCAAAUUGCUGUCAACAACAGGGAGAUUUUUUUUUUUUUGCUUCUUUUUUGGUUAGAUACAAAUAAUAAUGUUCUGUUCUGAACAGAGUUCCACUUUUCUAAUCAUGGACUGCAAAUUUAAGAGUCAAGUAUUUACAAUAGAGUUAAACCCAACUUUGCAAAAUAGGUUACAAUUUUCAGCAAAGUUGUUGUUGAAAUCAAAACUAUUUUAUCUCUUAUGUCCAUCUCACCAUAUGUGUGUGUUGACUAUACUUCAGGAUCUCUUUUCUUUUAUUGCAACACUAACGUGGCAAAUAAUACAUUUUUUAUAAUUAAAAAAAACAAAAAACAAAACAAAAAAAAACCUUUACCCUGAGAUCUA